UGCUUUCCUUAGAUCCCUUAAUGAUCUGGAUGAUCGGAUCACGCUCCUUUUAGAUCCAUACAUCAUUUGUUUUAUCAGCAUUUUUUGUACCAUCUUUACUAAAACACGGUUUUCAUCUGUGCCCUCCUCAAGGAUGCUAUCGUCUUCCCCGUUUCCGAGCGUAGGCGCGCUCUUCCUUUCUUGCCUUGUGGCCUCGACGGUCGCUCAUCCUUAUGCUAAGCGUAUCAGCAAUGAAUACAGCCUAUCAAAAAGUGUUGAUGGAAGCAAUUUCUUCGAUAAUUUCGAAUUCAGCGCCGGGGAGGAUCCGACCCAUGGCUUCGUCACCUACCUGACCCAGGAAGCCGCCCAGCAGCAGGGCCUGGUCAACAUCACGUCCAGCGGGAGCGUCUACAUGGGCGUGGAUUCCCACACUAUCCUUGACCCGACAAGUGGCCCCGGACGAAGCUCCGUUCGUGUGCAGAGCAAAAAGACCUACACCAAUGGUCUUUUUGUGGUUGAUAUUCAGCAUAUGCCCGAAAGCGCCUGUGGAAUCUGGCCCGCCUUUUGGUCAGUUGGAAGCAACUGGCCUUCAGGUGGUGAGAUCGAUAUCAUUGAGGGUGUCAAUAUGGCGACCCAGAAUGAGAUGGUCCUGCACACUCAAGGAGACUGCAAGAUCACCAAUACUGUGAUGACGGGUGCGCUUACUGCAGACCAAUGCUCGGUGGCCGAUAGUACCUCUGGCUGUACGAUCGAAGGUACUGAGGACAGCUUCGGAACCGGUUUUAACGAUGUUCAGGGUGGAGUGUAUGCAAUGGAAUGGACCGACGACUUCAUUAAGAUCUGGUUUUUCCAGCGGAACGCCAUUCCACAGAGUAUUCAGGAUGGAAAACCGGACACUUCUACUUUCGGAACCCCCAUGGGUAAUUUUCAGGGCUCCUGCAACAUGACGGAGGAGUUCUUGGCCCAGACAUUCAUCUUUGACACGACUUUCUGCGGUGAUUGGGCAGGAAACGUCUUUGGCAGCACUCAAUGCGUCAUGAGUAACCCGGACAGUGCUCUUGAGAGCUGUGUUAACUACGUCGCCUUGAACCCUACCGCUUACACACAGGCCUACUGGGAGAUCAACUCGAUCAAGAUCUACCAGGAGUCCACCGCUUCUGGCUCCUUGUCGGCGAGCGUGUCCCAAGCCAGCACAGCCACCGCGUCCGCGGCUACCACUGAGGUACCAGUUUCUGCUUCGAGCUCAGAGGCAAACCCUGUACCGGAAACUACGACUGCCACUCCUACUGUCGCAGUGACAUCUCAGUCAACAUCCGAUGCAGCAGCUUCUUCCGACAUUCCCGCCACCGGCUCAGAAGCUGCAAGCCCAUCUACUGCUCCAGGAGCCCCCGUCACUCCUACCGUUCCUAGCUCGCUCACUGCUGCAAUCUCCGCCACGCUCAGUGACGCUCCUGCAGCCCGUGAAUCUACUACCACCGACUUCGUCACAUCCUAUACAACAAUCUGUCCCUAUGAAACUGGGACCGCAGCUUCCGUUGCCGCACCUCCCUCAUCUGCGACUUCACCUGCAGUCGUGGUCAGUGCAGAGCCGACGCUCAAUGGCGCAUCUUCGGCUGCCCCAAUGGGUGGAAAUAAUAGCAAGGCCCCAAGUCCAUCUGGCCGAGUCCCUUUGGUCUCCUCAAGCCCGGUUGUAUCGCCUUCUCCAUCCUCUUUUUACAGUUCCAAUAGCACAUAUCGUUCUUCGUCCGCCAUCUUCGCAUUCCAGCCAUCGACGACGGCUGCAUCACCAACGGAGCCUUCGGCUAGUCCUUCAGCUGCUGUCUUCACGGGAGCUGCGAGCAAGCUAACUACCGGCUUCUCUGCUAUUGCUGGGUCAAUGGUCCUGGCUUUGAUGAUUUAAGAACAAGUAGAUCUCUUUGACCCUUUUGCCCUCAUUUCCUUAUAAAUCAGUGGUUCUACGGAUAUACAUAUGGGUUUGCUUUGUCGCUUAGAGAGGAAUUUCGAUAUACCCGCCUAUGUCGAUGUUUGAUCAGUGCGCAAUAUUGGGUUCACUGUAUUUAGUUUCAAAAGACAGAGCCUGUGGCUUCAUUUGGUUUUCUGCCACAGUAUACAUCAGUGAACGACGUACCAUUUUUAGCAGCCUCGAGUGAGGCUAGGGAACACC